CCCUCCUUCUUCUUCUUCUUCUUCUUCUCGUUCUCUUCUUCUCCUCCUUCUUCUUCUUCUUUGUCUCCUUCUUCUUCUUCUUCUUUGUCUCCUUCAUCAUCUUCUUCUCCUCUUACUUCUUCUUCUUCUUCUUUUUCUCCUCUUACUUCUUCUUCUUCUCCUUCGGACCCGCGUGUGUGUGCUCGUUCCGCCUCACGUCAUCCUCUCAUCUCCAGGCUUUGACGCGCAUUCGUAGCCGCUCUGUCCUCCAGUGGAAGCGUCGCUUCGACAGCACAGCACCGUGUGAAAUGACGUUUUGACAGCUCAGCCCUGAAGGCAAUUAGCAUCGGAGGGGAGAUGAUGGUGUGGACCAAAAUAGCUCGGUUUGACACAGCCCGUGCGUGUUUACCUUAAAGAUACAGAAGCAGAGCCUGUUUCAGGUUCAGUCACUUCGUAAUCCUGCAUCAGCUGCGUUUUCUAGCUUGAACUGGCAAUUGAGGCAUCACAGCCUUGUUCCCUGGGUGAGGUCUUGUAGGAUUUAAGCUGCGUUGAACCAAGUCAGUCUCUAAUGUGAGAGGUCGCUGCCAGUGGAGCGUUAUUGGAGCCACUGGAGCUGAUGGACAGAUGCUCGUCCUCUUCAGCUCUGCUGAUGCUGACAUUUAGGGGAUUGAUUAGCUAAAUGAGGAAGUACAGUAGAAGCAGGUGGAGGUUAGAGGUGCAGCGUUUUCUGUUUGCACAUUCAGUGGCUUCGAAUGAACCCUGUGGCUCCGUUAAACCUCUUUUCAGUGCACAAGUCGUGAGAAACGACUCGUUGGGCUGUUGACCUCCGACCCGGAGCAGAUUAAAAAAAUUAGGAAUCAAGCCUCUUAGUGGAUCCUGACGGGUGGACACGCUAAAGACGCAUGUAAGAGAUUUAAAUCCUCCAUUUGAUGAAGAUGUGGCAGACGUUGAGAACCUGUAGGAGAACGUGCCACAUGUGGUUUAACAGGAACAUUAUUAGUAGACUCCAAUUUAAUCCAGUUCUCAGUCUUUCAUUAUUAAAUAGCAGGACGUGCCGCGUGCCUCCUUUUUCUGCUUUUAGAUUCUCCACCAGAUGUUGACUUUAGGAGCUCUCGCUUGUGACCCGCCUGUGUUGCCGAGGCGCCGGGUCCCUGCGUUCCGCUCCGCAUCCAGCCACAGCCACGCUCCGCCUUUCCUGUGUUCGACCCGCCGCCGCCGCUGAGCCUGGAAACUGCAGCUCAGCUGCAGCCGGGUCCCGCCCCGCUUCGAAAACAGGUGGCAGCCUCCGUGGCCCAUCGGCCCUCGGCUGAGGCCCCUGUGCUCCAUCACGGGGACAGGAAAUGACAUCAGGGGGCGGAGGCCGGCGCUCCCAUGGCUCCCGCCGCGCGUUUCCACCGCCGUAAUGGACACUGAUUGCAGGUCUGUUAUGGAGCGUGAGCUUCGCAUGUGAACCGGGCUGACGUCGCUCUCCAGCUGUUCGUCUGAGCCGAGAGGAAACACGUCAGAGUCCUGUCACUGAGGCCUGGAGCUGAUGGGGACGACUCCCAGCCGGCCGUGAGGACACGCUCCGGGUUCGUCUCCAGGACCUGGGUCAAAAAUCACCUCUGCAGGAGCACGAGAACGCAUUCAGGGGCCACCCUGAGUUUUACAUCAGGGAACUGAGGCCACAGACCUGAGAACAGCGUUAGUUCAACAUGUGUGUAAUUAUGUGAUGAGAACUGGCUCCACAUCAGAAUCCAACAGUGUCGGGCUGGAAAUGAUUUAUCCAGCUGCCAGUGAAAAAGCACAGUCCCGCUCCCGUCCAUCAGAGCCCGUCUGAAAUCAGCCGGCAGCUGAUGGAGAGGAGAAGCCGCCUUCGUCAUUUACGCGUUAUCUCUGGAAGCCGGUUGCUCAGAGCCUGACUCAUCGGCUGCUCCUCUCUAAUGGGGGAGAUUUAAUACUCCUCUCUUGUUACUUCCCCGCGCGGCGGCGUGUCAGUCUUCAGAGAGAUCCUUGAAGUGAAAGGCUUUGGCUUCACAUGUGCUGCCUCUCAGUGGGGGGGGGGGGGGCGUUUUCAUUCUGGGUUCAUUAUCAAACAGAGCAGUUCAGUGUAAUGGAGAGGGAGGAGGUGAUCACAAUGAAUCAGCCUUCGCUUCCGGUCGCCGGCGCUCACGUCCACGCCUGUUAAACCUUUAAUGGGAAGUCCAGCCCUCGGGGCUCAGGUGUCAGACUGAGGGGUGAGAUGGAGGGGGUGCAGAGAGGCUGCAGGCCCAUCUCCUAAAUACAGCACAUGUAAAUAAAACAGUGAUUGGAAAUGAUAAUUGCAUUUUCCUGGUGGCGUUUAACGAGGGCGCGCCCACAGAGAAGCGCUUCGGCAGGUGCUUUAUGACUCAGGCGCUGAGUCAUAGAGGAAACUCCUGCAGUCCUCAUCUGGCUGCAGGAAACACCCUGCUCCUGAGUUCCCUCAGCUUCAACAGAGACGCAGCAGCGCCAGCGCGCUUCAGGGACAAGGUGUCCGUCUGUUUGCGUUGCAGAGCGUGUGUGCUUUUAGAGGCUGUUCUUCACUGUGACGGCAGGUUGUCAGUGCAAACGAGUGGGAAACGUGAUAUUACAUCAUCAUAUGUCGUUUGCCAUUUUACUCUGGGCAUCUCUGAGCACACGCAGCUCAGCACAUUUGGCUGCAUGCGAAUGCCAUGAAGACUGUGAGCUCGUCGUCAGGUUGAGUGUGUGUGUGUGUGUGUGUGUGUGUGUGUCCGUGUCCGUGUGUGUGUCCAGGCAGCCGGGAGCUAAAUGAUGCAGGUGAUGACUCACAGCCAGGCUUCCCUCUCCGUCUGCCUCAUCUCGCCUUGGUUGAGCGUCUGGGGAUGGAUUUCUGCAGUGUGUUCAGAGCGGCAGCGUCCUACGCAGCUGACACAAACUGUGAUAAACAAAUCUGAGGGAGAAUGUCAUCUGUGUAACACAGUAAAUACCAGCAGCCCCAGGCCUGUGGACGAGGAGGGCUGUCGGUAAACAGCAUCUUAUUAGCAGCUCUCAGUGGGAGGUGACGCUCAGAUACCGGGACUUUUUAAAUACAGAUCCGUCUCCAUCAUCUGCUGCUUGGUGACUGUGAUUGGAGGAGCCCUCUGCCGCUCACAUCCUUUAUCCCGCCCCCCCUGAACCUCCGUUCAGGCUCACAGGGACCAGACGUGUGACCUCAGGUUGAGUUCUGUGGCAGCGUUUGCUCCUAAUGACCUCCAGCCUCUCCUCUGCUCCAGUGGUGAACGCGUUUGUGCCUCCAGACGGACGGGGAGCAGGCGCGACGCCCGCGGGCCUCUCCUCCGACGGCAUCUGCGCCGGAUGGAGCCCCAGCUGACGUUCUGCGAGCAUGCGGCGCAUGCGCUGCCUCUGAAUCUGCAGCCUCCUCUGAUGCACGUUUCACCCUGUCGUGCUGCAAAUCGAGGGGCGGCCGCUGGGAGAGCGUCGUCCACGGGGACCGACCGACGCGUUGUCGCUGAAGUGUUCGGCGCCUUCUGACGUGGCGUCGCCAAACGCAGGAGGAGCCGUUGUGCGUCGUGAUCAGCAGCUUUAACUGCGAUGAAUAUUUUAGCGUGACAGAAUGUGGUAUGUGGGUCGAGCGAGGAAGCAGGGCCUUGCGGGGAGCUCCAUAAAUAUCUCUCCUGCUGGUUUUAAUAGUUCUGCUUUAUUAGGGCUCUGUGCCACUCACUGUAACAGGUCCCCGAGACCCAGAGGAGCUGAGAGCAGCCGGGGGCGCGCGCUGCCUCAUCUGAGUGUGACUCCACCGGGCGUCGAUGGCGUUAAAUCACAGCGUGAGAGGUGUCACAACGCGAAGACGCCGAUGGAUCCGUCGCCGGCGCUGCACGUUCGCUGCGAAGACUCGCGCCAGUCGAGGAAAGAGUCCGACUUUAACUGGACAAACGAGGCCGUGAACAGCGAAAUGCAGAUAACGAUGGAGCAGCGAACAGCAAGCGGCCUUAUUUACGAGUGUGUCACAUUUUAGUGUCCCCUGGAAACGCGGCAGAGAAUUUAAUUUGCAUCUGUGGUUUUGCUCUAUUAUGUUUGCCCUAAAAGUAAAGAAUAUAAAUAUAUCCACACACUAAUCAUAAUAAUAAAAGAAUAAUGGAGUCAUUAGGAAUAAAAGUCCACAGUGUUGGUUCAUUUCACCGUAAUUACCACAGUAGCAGGAUAAUUACACUUCACUGCAGCAAAGCAGGAAACUAAAGGACUCAGAUGAAAGCGUUGAACUGGACCAUGUCAGAUGCAACAGGUCGUUUCAGGAGCAGAGUGUGUGUGCGUUUUUGUAGUAGUAACCGCCUGUGUGAGAGUUCAGUAUGAACUAAGAGGGACUUUAAGGAUGUGGGUGGAUCCAUCGUAGUCCAUCAGUCCGAUGGGAGCUGCUGAGUCUGUGCAUCAGUGGUGCAUCAAAGCGUGCGUGCGUGCGUGUGUCUACGUCACAACUCGCCUUCAGAUCUAUUUCAGUCUGUUUCCAACCAGCGUUCACACAAUGUGACAGCUGAGUAGAUGCAGGUGAGGCGCUGCCAACCUGAGCUCCUCUCAGCAGCUGCUGAGCUCGUCCGACGCCACGCUGGACCGUGACGUCGGCGGUCGUGCCCGGCUCCGCGCCCGCGGCCCCCUCCCUGCCGUGGGAAACGCACACGCUGGCGUGGACGCUCAUAAAUCCCGUGUACACACAGUGACAGUCGUGUCUGUUUAAACCACAGCUGAGGCGAUUACACACGCGACGUCCUUGUGUAAAUGUGAAUUAGUGCUGACAUUUUGAUCAACUGCAGCUCACUGUCGCGGCUCGCUUCAUAUUCACACACGGCUGCUUCGGUGAGACACGCUGUAAAUCACGGGGCGUCUGAUGUAGAUUUGCCUUAAUGGGACCCAGUACGAAGGUCUGAGACGGUCCUGGACCCAGACUGGCCUUUAGAAGUGAAUUUACUCAUUAAAUGUCACUUCUCGAAAUGUGAAAGGACAAAAGGCUGCGGCUGGAAGUGAGCAGCGAGGAGGAAUGAGGUCAGCCGUCUCCACGGCAACCGCUGAACCUCACUUUGCUGAAACGGGCCCAGAUCUGAAUCUGAAGACGCGGCAGCGGAGGGAGAGAGGACGAUCACCGUUAUCGUCAGCUGUCGGGAGACGAGGAGCGAAGCGCUCCGUUUAAACUGCAGACCUGGUUCCAGGCGCAUUCCAGCGCUCGGCACCAUAUUGUGUCGUCCCGCUUGUCACCUGCUUGAGUUGCUUCAGAGCAGAGCCGAUGCCAAAGCAAACAUAAAGGUGUGUUUGUUUGCGUGGGAGCCUUUUUUUUUCCAGCUUUGGAGCUGCUUCCCGGGUGUCGUUGUCGCCUCCUCCUCAGUGUCAUUAGCCGUUCUGUGUAAUUGUUGACGGAAACUUGGCAGGAGGAGCGUCCUCUGGGCCGGCGCUGCGGCAGAGACGGGUCCAAAGACCCGUCCAGGGCCCGGGUGCCGUCAGCGGGUGCCGCGAGCAGAGCGACGACGUCAGGCUGGAGGGGAGAAGGGUGUGGGGGGGGGGCAGUGUCAGAGUCGCGGCCGCCUGCCAGAAUGUGUGAGAUCCUCUCAGAACGGGCUGCUGGCGCCGACCCAGCUCCCGCUGAGAGCAGCGGGCCGGACGAGGCUCCGUAAACACAUGUCGGGCUGGAAGAAGAGCAGACACUCCACCAGAUGUUGGCCUUUCUCUGGGAACGCACCUGCUCAAGUUGUUAGCGCGCGUGCAGCCUCGGAAACAAAGGCCAUUUUACAUCCUGCUGAUUUUAGGGAAGGUGUGUUGUCUAAACACGGAGCAUCCAAUCACCUCCUCACUAAUGUUUAUACAGGACUCCAGCCAACAGAUGAAGGUGAUGAUGAUGAUGCUUGGGGAAACUCAGCUGAUCUUUGCAGGAACCGUCCAGGCAUCAAUCAGCUGUUCUCAGACCAGCUGUGUGCGGACGUAAACGCCCCGGGCGCUCUCUUAUUGCAUGUUGACACAUGGGAAGCGCUGAAGCCUGUUGACGUGUGUGUGAGUGGGGACGGAUCAGCAGCAGCGGUGACGGGCGUCACGUCCGUGCGUUGGUGAGAUGCUGUUGUGUUGUUGUUGUGUUGUUGCAGCCUCGUGUCUGUGUGUCAAUAACCCGUUCCUCCUACAAUGAGUUCCCUGGGAACAGUCCAGCAGGUUCUGCAGGCUGAUGAGUUCCUCUGUUGUCAGUGGCGAAGGCCGAGCACCUCCGGGUGAAUCUGGAAUGAGUCAGGCCGUUUGGUUGCAUUCAGCUUAGGAACGCCGGGGGAUUUAGUGCUUGUGGAGAAAAACACAGACUCUCAGGGGACCUGGAUACGCUGCACUUCAGGCUGUGAGUGGCAUUUUGAUUGGCUGAGCUGUGGAGCGGCUCCAGCGCUGGCUUGUGUUUUUAUUGUGUGCUUUGUUGGGUUGCAACUGUUUGCUAUGCAACAAGUGCCUCAGCAUCAAGGUGUGUGUGUGUGUGUGUGUGUGUGUGUGUGUGUGUGUGUGUGUGUGUGUGUGUGUGUGUGUGUGUGUGUGUGUGUGUGUGUGUGUGUGUGUGUGUGUGUGUGUGUGUGUGUGUGUGUGUGUGAUGCAUCCUUAGGAAGAAUCCAGUAAUACUGUUAAGAAGUGACUGAAGUGACUGAGGGUUGUAGUCGAGCGCUGGACCAGGAGUUGGUGCAGUCAAUGACCUUGAAGCUAAAAGACCUGCUCUUCCGUGUGUGUGGUGUGUGCGUCUGCCCCAGCGAUACUGAUCUCAUCUUGGGUGGUUCUGCUGUGGUGACAAAUGGAUGCUGGGCCGCCGGCGCCGCACCUCAGGCUCCCGUCAGAGGAACGACUCCACUUUACUCCAUCGCCUCAUUCAUCUCCGCGCGUCUUUUCUCCACUCUGACGGUCGAUCCGUCCGCCCAUCCAUCGUCUCCACCCGCUGCCAUAGCAACCAUAGCAACCUCACCCCCCACACAGGCUGAAAAAACAGAAGUACUGAGUGAAGACCUGCUGCAGGUGGAGAAGCGCCUGGAGCUGGUCAAGCAGGUGUCCCACAGCACGCACAAGAAGCUGACGGCCUGUCUGCAGGGCCAGCAGGGCGUGGAGGUGGAGAGGAAGUCCGUGCGCUCGCCCUCGAAGAAGCUUCCCCUCACGACGCUCGCACAAUGCAUGGUGGACGGAGCGGCGGUGCUGGGCGACGAGUCUCUGCUGGGGAAAAUGCUGAAGCUCUGCGGGGACACGCAGGAGCGGCUGGCGCAGGAGCUCAUCCUGUUCGAGCUCACCGUCGAGAGGGAGGUCAUCGAGCCCCUGUACGACCUCGCCGAGGUGGAAAUCCCAAACAUCCAGAAACAAAGGAAGCAUUUAGCGAAGCUGGUGCUGGACAUGGACUCGGCUCGCACACGGUAUUAUCAGUCCACGAAGUCGUCGGGACUGUCCAGCAACCUGCAGUCGACGGGGGCCAAGGCCGACCACCUCAGGGAAGAGAUGGAGGAGGCAGCCAACCGCAUGGAGAUCUGUCGAGAUCAGUUAUCAGCAGACAUGUACAGUUUUGUGGCCAAAGAAAUUGACUAUGCAAGCUACUACCAGACCCUGAUAGAAGCCCAGGCCGAGUAUCACAGGAAGUCGUUAGAGCUGCUCCAGAGCGUUCUGCCCCAGAUCAAAGCUCAUCAGGAGACCUGGGUGGAGAAGCCGUGCUAUGGGAAGCCAUUAGAGGAGCACUUAGCGCUCAGCGGGAGGGACAUCGCCUUCCCCAUCGAGGCCUGUGUCACCAUGCUGCUGGAGUGCGGCAUGCAGGAGGAGGGCUUGUUCAGAAUCGCGCCGUCGGCCUCCAAGCUGAAGAAGCUGAAGGCGUCGCUGGACUGCGGCGUGCUGGACGUUCAGGAGUACUCUGCAGACCCUCAUGCAAUUGCAGGUGCUUUAAAGUCGUACCUACGGGAGCUUCCUGAGCCGCUCAUGACCUUUGAACUCUACAACGACUGGAUCCAGGCCUCCAAUGUUCAAGAUCAAGACAAGAGACUUCAGGCUCUCCUUCGAGCCUGUGAGAAACUCCCCCCGGCCAACAACAACAACUUUAAGUAUUUGAUCAAGUUCCUCUCCAAACUGACGGAGUACCAGGACGUGAACAAGAUGACGCCUGGAAACAUCGCCAUCGUGCUGGGGCCCAACCUGCUGUGGACACACAACGAAGGCAACAUCACGGAGAUGAUGACGACGGUUUCCCUGCAGAUCGUGGGCAUCAUCGAGCCCGUCAUCCAACACGCCGACUGGUUCUUCCCCGGAGAGAUUGAGUUCAACCUCACGGGGAACUACGGGAGCCCCGUCCACACCAACCACAACGCCAACUACAGCUCCAUGCCGUCCCCGGACAUGGAGCAGGUGGAGCGCAAGCAGAGCGACCAGAGCCGGCGGCCGCUCAGCGUCGCCACGGACAACAUGAUGCUGGAGUUCUACAAGAAGGACGGCAUUAGGAAGAUACAAAGCAUGGGCGUCAGGGUGAUGGACACCUCUUGGGUGUCGCGCCGCGGCUCGUCGUCGUCGGCGCGCGCGGCCUCCUCCACGCCGCCGAGCGCGCGCGGCCCCGCCCACCCCGCCGACGCCCUCCCCCCCGAGCCUACGGGGGAGUUCUCUGCCACCCCCUCCCCCACCCCUCCUCCCACUAGCAGCGACCGAGCCAGCUCAGAUGACGCGUCUUCCAACUGGUCGGACUCCUGUUACGCCUACCCCUCCCCCGAGGAGGAGAGGCCGCCGCCCCCGUACCCCUCUUUCUCAUCUUCCUCCUCCUCCUCAUCCUCCUCUUGCUCCUCCUACUCGCUCAAUCACCACCAUUUCUGUACCCGAGCACCUCCGAGUAUGCGUCCCGUCGCUCGCAGCCCCGAGCCGGCGCCCCUCGGCCCGUCGCCCCCCCUGCACCGCUCCGGCUGCACCCCGCCCCCCUUCCUCCACUCCCUUUGCUCGUCCCCUCAGCCGCUUGACGUGAACUCCAACCCCAAACCCCUGCACCUGCCCAAACAGGCCCCCCCGUCCGACGCUCCGCAUGCCUCCCCCUCCGAACCCAACGGUUCCACUCUGUACAUCAAACCCCCGCUGGUUCUUACGCGCCAAGACCUGCUCCUGGGUUCCCCCAAACCCCCCAACACCCCCCUGUCUGCCCCCCCUCCGUGGGCAGCCUGUGUCUGUGGCCGAGAGAGAGGAGCCAAGCUGACUAGCACCCUGAAGAACAAGGAGCUCUCCCCGGUGAUCGGACAGAAAGGACUCCAGGGAGCAGUGACCUCUGGUGGACAGUCGGAGCACAGCCCGCACACCCUGAGGAGAGCAAAGAAGCUGGCCCCCAUCCCACCGAAGGGCCCCUACUGUCCGUCGGGGGCCGUGUCCGACCAGUCCACGGGGCAGCCGUCCCCCGUCAGCCUGUCGCCCACCCCCCCCAGCACCCCGUCCCCCUACGGCUUCAGCUACCCGCAGGGCUACGCCACCAUGGGCUCCCCGGGGCAGGCGCAGCUGGCCCCCACGCCGUCGCUGUCCUCGCCGCCCUCGCUGGCCGGGACGCUCACCAAGGCCCGGCCCACGCCCAAGCCGCCGCGCCAGAGGCCCAACUUACCGCCGCCUCAGCCGCCGUCCACGCCCGGCACCAGCCCCCAGCCUCUGGACCACUCCACGGGCCUUCUGGACGGCUUGUCUCCUGGGGAAAGCAUGUCCACAGAUUCUCUCUGCAACUUGGACAUCCCCGUUAUCAACAUGGAGCUGGACGGUAUCUUUGACUUGCCCCACAUCUCCCCCUUCAAGAACCUGGCGGCGCUGAUCGGCUCGGCCCACGUUGGAGCGGAGGCGGAGGAUGAGCCUGAGAGCACAGUGCUAUGAUGUCCGCACACGCACGCACACACACACACACGCACGCACGCAUGCAUGCACGCACACACACACUCACACGCAUGCACGCACACAAGCACACACGCACGCACGCACGCACACACGCACACACACACUCACCCCCCCCCCAAGCUCGAUCGCUGACCUUUCACCUCUGCAGCCGAGUUUCUGCUGCUCAGAGAGGCUGACGUGUAAACAACAAAAAGAAACCUCCAUGCUCAUAAUCACACGAGGUGUUGGCAACAAUGUCAUCAGGGGAUUUUGGAUCAUUUUAUUUGAUUUUAUUUAUUUUGUUGCCUUAUGUGAUUCACUUGCAAUAUUGCCUUUAACGUUACACACGAGCAGGAGCAGGCUGCUGGGAGGAACCAGUGCUCUUCGCUGCUGCUGCGUCUCCAGUGAGUUUCACAGAGACGAACGGCCGCCUUCUGCUUUUCCUCCCUGUUUCCUCCCGUCUCGACUUCCUCCUCUGUUUCAGGGGUGGAAGCAGAAGUGUCCGGGGGUCCGAGUGCUCCGGCGGUCGUGCGGUGGCAGCGACCCGGAGCUUUUGUUCCGCCCGCGUGUUGUUCUGGAGUGCGUGUGUGUUUUGUUGACGUGUGGUAACUUGUGUAAUUGUGCUUUAUGAUGUUGCACUGUUGUUGUGGAACUUAAGCAGCAGUGCAUGUUGGGAAACCAAGCACCAGGUGAGACAUACAGAUCCACAUCUGCAUCAGUCAGGAUAUCGUUCAUGGAAUAUUUAUUAUUUACAGAACAUAAACGAUCAUAGAUCAACAGACUGUGCAUCAUGCUGAGAGGAAAAACUGAUCAAACAGAAUCCAUUCAAUAAGUCAUAAUCACUUUCAGUUUCAUGAAGGGGAAGUGCAAUUCUUUGAGUUUCAGGGUAGAAUGUGGAGCCUGUUGGGUGCCACCAACAUUUAUUUCAAUUAAACCACUAAAUAAAUUAAGUCCGAGCCACAGCAGCAACUGGAGCCAGAGUCGCUGCUGCUGCUGUGGGGGUUGAAUUUAAUUUCUUGAACUUGAACCUGUCAGACAUUAGGCAGUUCCUAAGUUUGCGAACCUUCAAGCAACCAAUCCAUUGGUUUCAUUGGCUUUUAGCUCCAGUUUCAGCUUCUUGUGUUCUCUGAUGUGUGACUAAAACGCUAAUUGAACAGCUCGUGAAUGAACGCCUGUCGCUGGUGGCACUUCAGGCUCUGCGAGGGAGAAUCCACCCCAGCGAGGCGUCCAGACCUCCACCCUCAUCUGAUCAUAUCACAGCAGGUCGCCCGAAGCGGUUCUUCUUCACGCUCCUAGAGAAAAGGUGCUACUAUUGUCACACAAUCUGCAGCUUCGGUGGUAAAACAAGCACACUUUUUCCUGACGUGGCCGUUUCGGGUGCAGCCACCUCCACCCGUCUGGUGGUUGUGCUCCUAACUAGGGGCCCAGAGGCACGAGCAAAGAAACGUGUAUAUUUGUUUAUUUUGCUGAGAGUAUUUAUACAGAUAUAUUUCCGAGUACUUUUUACCAGGUCUGAGGAGCUGAUUGUUUCCACUACACAUUUAACUCAUUUGAUGAUUUAAAACAACAACAAAAAAAAGAAGCAAUGAAACAUGGGACCAGAAUUUCUCUGCUGCCGCGUGAAAGGACCUGUUCAGGAAUCGGACGUUCGGUUUAGGAGUAAACUGGAACGUGAGCCACCUGGAGGACGGAGGUUUGCAUGCAGCAGCAGCAGCGGCUUGAUAUUUGCCUUGCGGUGGGUUUUGUUGUGACCUAUCCACGUUUGUAAUGUUUUACUUUAGUCCUGAGGAACAUCCACCACACAUGACCUCAAAGUCACUGUGCUGCUCUGCCAUCCUCCUUCGUUUAAGUGCGAUAUUAUUCACAGGACCUUUGUAAAUACUUAGACUUCUGUAAAUACAUGUCUAUAUAUAUACUGACAGGGGACAAAUUUAUAUAUAUAUAUAUAUAUAUAUAAAUAAGAUAUAGAUAUAUACAAAUGCUGUAUGAAAAUAUAAAUUAUGAACAUUAUAACAUUAUAUUGGAGAGAUAUAAUAUUAUAAUGUUGCAGGUUCUAGCACAAUAAUGUCACAUCCACACAAAAAAACAUCAAGUAGACCUCACACAGUACAAAGUACAGCUCGUGUUGCUGACGUAGGCUGCAGGUCAAAUCUAGUCUGUAGGGUUUCUGAACCAAACAGCUGUUAGUGCUUGUGUAGUAACGGACUUACCGUCCGCCUCCUGAACCCUGAUGUCGCCAGGGUUUAAGAGGCCGGAUGAGGCUCCACAGAGAAACGGCUGCUUAACUGUCUCCUGGUUUCAAAAUAUUGGACGGCAAAGUUUGACCCCUCGGUUUCACACACGAGAGUCACGUCCCUCAUCUUUGAUACAGUAUUAGAUGUUUCAUAAAAAAAUGACAGGUUAAAAAAUAUGAUUACAAUCUGCUGUUGCAGUUAAAGAUUGUAUCACUUGGUUGAUAAAAAAAAAAUUAGGCCUCGUCGUUUCCUAAAACUACAGUUUUCCAUCAAGUCGAACAGACAAAAGCAAUAAAUACAAGUAAAGUUGAAGCUGAAGGAAACAGAUUCUUUAAAAUCAGUCACUUGAUUCAAUCUGAUCCACACGCUGUUCCCAUCGAAGCAGCCUCCGAUUCCACAACAAGUAUUUCUAAUUGUAAUAUUUAAAGACAAGUGAGAAGCUGUUUUUACAGAUAUAAAUAGGCUGUGCUGAGGUGAAUGGUCUGUCCCGUCCUGUCUGAAUGUCUGUGUACUGUAACCGUGCUGCUCUUCGUUUUGUACUAAAGGGUUUCAGAUCAAGGCUUGUACAUACAGUAUUCAUCACACACAACUUUAUUGACAAUAACCGAGUGGAGCAGAGAGACGCCACAGACCGUUUCCAGUAUUACAGCUUUUGCAAGCAUGCCCUUUGAGCACUAAAAUACGAAGGCCUUUUUUUAUAUGAAUAGGUGGAAUGUACUGGUGAUAGACGACGCUGACCUCAUAGGAUGUGAUAAAGGCAGAUCGUGUGUGUUGUGGACAUAGUUUCAGGUUAAAAACAAGGGGUUUAAGGGGUAUUUAAUAAAAAAGACAGAGGGUGUAAUGACCAUCUGAAGGGAAGGUGUGUUUGUCCUGUGUGAAUCUCAGCAGCAUGCUUUUGAACCAUGGAAUACAUCUCAUGUUUGGUCCUAUAUAAAUGUGCUUUUAAUAGAUUUGGAAGAAAAGGAGAAUUCAGCACCACAUUUACCCCAGUUUAGUCCAAGUCUCCAUCACUUCUAAUGUUUUCUUGAAUAACUUUUUCUGUUUUCUUUAUUUUUUCACUUUGUAUCUUCUGCAUUAAAACAAUUCGAUCUGUUCCUUUUUACCUAGUGAGUAAAAAAAAACUCAUCAGACUCGAGUCAUUUGUACCCACAAGUGUUUUUAGAGUAGUAAUGUGCUGAGAGGUUGAUUUACUUUAUACUAAAUUCCUACAGAGUUUGUUUUUACCCAUUAAAUAUUGAAAGUUACAAUGUGGUGCAUGCAGCAAAGUUCUUUGCUCUUUUUUUUUCCAAGUAAUUGGGGCCAAAAUGAAAAGGGUACAAAAAUGUGAUCAAGAAAAUGUAUCAGAAUAAAAGUCCUUUGUGUCAAACUCCAGUGAUGUUUGAAGUGAGGAGGAAAUGCCUUUUGGACAACACAGUGUAAGAUAAAAGGAAAAAACGUGAUCCUCAUCAGAAUGUUGAAACUAUUAAAACGUUUUGUAUUACUUCAA